GGGAGCGUGUUAAUUUAAUAAAUGACAACUGUACCGCCGUCCGAAAUUUCUCUGUAUAUAAUUACGGGCUCGUAUUAAGCUCCGAACCGCUCAAGGAUGACGAACUCUUCGAAGUUCGCAUCGAUAAAAAGGUUUUCAUCACGCUUUCGUCGCCCAUGAUUUUUGUUGACAAACCUCGGUUUUCCAAUCCGUAUCUUUCACGCAGUUUCUUAAUUGUAACACCGUUUCCUGCAUACCCCGUGCUUGCAUAAUGCCCUCCUCAACUAGAUGGUAUCGUGGAGCGGAAGCAUUGAAAUCGGAGUGACAUCAUGUGAUCCGGAGAGUAUGGAGUUACCGGCAUGUGCCAAUAAGCUUAGACUUGGAUCAUGGAUAAUGUCAGGUUCUGGGAUUAUUCGUGACGGACAACCAAUUGUAGAACUGUACGGGACAGAUCUUGAAACGUUAGAGGAAGGAGAUUUUCUUGGUGUGAUGAGGACCUCAAAUAGCGAACUAGUGUUCUAUGUAAAUGGAAUGUCUCAAGGUGUAGCAGCUACAAAUAUCCCUUCACGAGUAUUUGCAGUAAUUGAUAUGUACGGUAACUGCGUCCAAGUAAGCGUCUCUCAGCCGAGGCCAACACUUUCCAUAACAGACGUAACAAAUGAGACAGAAAUCAACAAUGAUCACGCACUUGCACAGACGUCAAAUUCUUCAACGACAAACUUAGUUACCAAUCUGAACGUUAACGUUAAUGUAAAUAUCAACCUACCUAAGAAUCCAAGCGCAGCUGCUAUACGGGAGGACAGAUUAAGGUUCCAUGAGCGAGUCGGAACCCUCAUUAAAUUGUCUAACAAUGCUAGAACGGCAGAGAGACGAAGACCACUUGAUGAAUUUAAUAACGGUGUUGUAAUGACGCACAGAGCAUUAAGAGAUAACGAGCUUUUUGAGAUUCGAAUAGACAGAUUAGUGGACAAAUGGUCAGGAAGUAUCGAAGUAGGUGUUACUACUCACAGUCCGACAGCACUAGAAUUUCCCGCAACGAUGACCAACAUGCGAUCUGGAACAACCAUGAUGUCUGGCUGUGGAAUUCUGACCAAUGGCAAGGGUACUCAGCGUGAGUACGGAGAGUUCAAUUUAGACGAGUUGAGAGAGGGUGACAGGGUGGGAAUGAUUAGGCGAAGUAACGGAAACCUUCAUUACCUUAUAAAUGGUUUGGAUCAAGGUAUCGCCGCCAAGGUUCCCUCGGGUAUUUGGGGUGUUAUAGAUCUUUACGGGAUGACUGUUAAAGUAACCAUCGUCGACCGGGAUGAGAGAGAAGAACAAAAUUUAGUCACUAGACGAAACACUCUGCAUCUACAGGGAUUAAAUGGCGAAGAAAUGAUAGACGAUGAUGCGAUAGAUAGACUGAUGUUUCACGUUUGUUGUGGGACACAUGCGGAUGUAAUUAAUAAUGGAAGAACUGCUCAUAGACCCAACGCUCUGGAUGACUUCAACAAUGGUGUUGUACUGACUUCUCGACCGUUGCGUCCAAAUGAAUUAUUUGAAGUUAAGUUAGACAAGAUAGUUACAAAGUGGGCUGGAUCGAUUGAAAUUGGCGUCACUACUCAUUCUCCGACUGAAUUAGAAUUUCCUUUCACAAUGACUAAUGUAAGGUCUGGUACAUGGAUGAUGACGGGACAAGGCGUGAUGCAUAAUGGCACAACGAUCAUAGAUAAAUAUGGACAAAAUCUGGAUCAGUUACAAGUCGGCGAUCGUGUCGGGGUAAUGAGAAACGACGAUGGUUUGUUACACUUUUAUAUAAAUGGAGCUGAUCUUGGCACAGCUGCCACAGGAGUGCCAGAAAGAGUUUACGGGGUUAUCGAUUUAUAUGGGCAGGCAGCUCAAGCAACCAUAGUCGAUGGCACAGAUUUUUACAGCCCGACAACAAAUAAUUCCAGCUUUAGCAACACAACGUUAUACAGUGAUUUACGAUUUCAUCAUAUACAUGGAAAAAAUGCACGAAUAAUGAACAAUGGCUUGACAGCUGCUAGGCCUCGUGCUUUAGGAGAGUUUAACGAAGCAAUUGUAAUUGCCAAUAGGGCGUUACGCGAUGGUGAAAUGUUCGAAGUCUCUAUUGAUAAAAUGGUUGAUCGAUGGUCAGGUGCGAUUGAAGCAGGUGUAACAGCAAUAAGACCAGAUGAACUUGAAUUUCCCUCAACAAUGACAGACAUAGAUCACGAUACGUGGAUGUUAUCCGGUCCGAACGUAAUGCGAGACGGUGUAACAUUGCGCAAUAAUUAUGCUUGUAACUUAGAUACACUCGUAGAAGGAAAUCGUAUCGGUAUAAUGAGGCAUGCCGAUACGAGCUUACGCUAUUACUUGGAUGGAGUAGAUCAGGGAAUCGCAUGCACUGGACUACCACUACAUGUAUAUCCCGUUAUUGAUCUGUAUGGUCGAUGUGCGCAAGUAACUAUCGUCUUGCCUGAGCGCAGAGACACGGCGACACAGCAAUAUUUACCAUCCGAGAAUAGUACGAGCCAGCAACCUACCUCGGUAAUUCAACCACAAGCCCAGGUCGAGAUAAUUCACAAAUUUCACGAGUCUGUCGGUGCAAAUAUUCAGCUGAAUUCAGAUCGAACUGUUGCUGCUCGUUGCCGAGAAUAUUGUAAUGCAAUAUUGCUCAGCGAAUGUCCCUUGGAAAGUAAUGAAAUUUUCGAAAUUUCAAUCCAAGAAGUUGCUCAAGAGUGGUGCGGCUCGUUGAGAAUCGGUGUAAUGACCAACAACAAUGGGAAUUGGUUUACUUCGAUGAAUUUAGUUCCUGGCAUGACUUCUAUACCAGAGGAUUCUUGGUAUUUAAUCGGGAACCAAGUUCGACACAAGGGAUACGUUUUGUCUUCAAAUUACUGUCCGAGUCUGGACUGGCUUCGAUCUGGUGAUAAAAUUGGUGUGAAACGAACGCAUGAUGGAAACUUGAAGUUUUAUAUAAAUGGCGAAGAUAUGGGAGUAGCUGCUACAAAUAUUCCCGAGGCAGUGUAUGUUGUCAUAGAAUUAUUUGGCAGUACUCUUGCCGUCUGUGCAACGAGUAGUAAACAGCAAAACAUAAUCAUAUCGCCAAAUGCUAGCCUCAGACUACAAGACUCCUUAGAAUUACUCUUGGAUCCAAUGCCACCAAUUAUGAGAAAUGAUGCCGGGAUGGAUACCUCGAUAGACGUUUCGGAGGGAAAGCUAUUGAACGAAAUGGUACUCACGCCGACACAGCCGAUUACCACGUCCACGGGUGAUUCGGAUUGGAAUUAUGAGUUCCACGAAAACCGUGGAAGAAAUAUUGAACUUGAAAAAAAAACUACAGCUCGAAGAGUCGCCAGCUAUAAUCAAGGUGUAGUAAUGUCUCAUCGCCCGCUAGUCAAAGGAAAACCGUUUCAAGUGAGAGUGGAAAAAUUGAAUGAUCGCUGGGUAUCGGGCAUGCUAUGCGGAGUGACUUGCAUCUCUCCAGACAAAGUCAGUUUUCCAUUAACUGCUCUAGGCUUCAAAAAACAUUCCUGGAUCAUGUGUGGCGAUUGGAUAUCGCAUAACGGUGUGAAAGUAAUAACGAGGUAUGGAAUGAAUUUAGAAAACCUUCAGGUAGGAAGUAUCGUAAGUUUAUUGAUAGACGAAGACUCAAGACUGCACUUAUACAUAAAUGGCUCCGAUCAAGGCAUCGCAGCUACAGAUUUACCUCCUUAUGUUUACGCUGUCAUAGACUUGUACGGCCAAUGUGAACAAGUUUCCAUAAUUGGGCCAAUUUCAGAGGCAGCGUCGUAUGGUAAUAACAAUACAAAUAACAUGGCUAUCUUAACAACCGUUGAACAACCAGAAACGGAGAUAGAGGACAUAGAGAAUUCCAGAGAAAAGGCUGACUUGGAAUGCCAUGAAAAAGAAAAUGCCAUUCCUGCGACACCCUCGAACUUGUCGUUGAAUAUUCCAAGUCAGAGUAAUCUUCAUCCGGCAGAGAACGAGAGCGCUGUCAACAUACUCAGCCCGAUUUCAUCUCAGAGCAACAAUGAUUCAGGUUUAGGGAGUAACACGAUUCAGAGCAAACCAGGCAUGUCGAGCAGCAUCAACUCGGAAAGUAAUAAUUUAGAAUCCUGUCCAGAAAUAAGCAGCGAAGCGAAGACCAAUCAGUUAGAAAAUAGUAAGGUAAAGAAUAACGCCGUUAAUGCGAAUAAUGCAAAUGAAAUUAAAGCGGCGCCGAAUCACUGUGUUCAAAGUAUUGAGAAUCUCACAAAUGAUGAAAAUAAUGAUGGUGAAAGUAACGGCGUUACGAAUAUGCUCAGUAUUACUAACGAAUGUACAAACGUAGAAAUAAACAAUGCAACGAAUAUUAAUAUUAAAAAUGGAUGCGCCGCAAACUGUAGCCACAUGUCUAAUUUAAGCACCGCCAUCACUUCUACAAAUGCCAAUAACGCAAUAAAUGAAAGCAUCGCUUCCAACAGUUCGAACCAGAAUAACGUGUCCAACAACGCCUUGAGUAUGUCACAGAAUAGCGUUACACCAACCUCUCAAAACCAUCUCUCGUCAAGUUCCCAAGUUAACGUGUCGAUGAGUUCCCAAGACAGUAACGCAAAUCAAAAUCGUAAUAAUCAAACGCAAAACAAUAUUGUAACGAAUUCAUUUGUCGCUAACACGCAUAACGAAACUCAUCAUGUUGUUCACAAUUCAUCUUCAUUUUCAUCCUUACCAAUCACAUCUCUGCCGUCCAGUCCACUAGCGGUGCACAUCACUUCGGCGAAGAAAUGCGAGUACCUGAAGGCCUGCCUUAGGUUUAAAAAAUCCCUCGUAUUACCAGAGGAAUUUUUUACUGGUGAAGACAUUUCAUGCUACUGCAGUUCGUGUUUUAAAGCCGAAGGCGACGGAGUGAUAUGCAGGAAAGGAGAACCACCUUCCGAAUUUGCCUUUCCAGUUGGAUGGGUCAGAUUUCCACUAAAGCCAACCAUCAAUGCCAUCCAAAUACCACAGAACACUCUGGAUAAAUGGCAUGUCGCCUUCUACGGGACACGAUUAGAUGCUGUUAGGUGGAUACUGGAUAGGGGAGAGCUGCUGACCAAAGAGCAAUUAGACACAAGCAAUCUAACUACGACUAUAAAUAGCGAUGAUCAAAAUCCUCAAGUUGUUUUUUCACCAAAUAUUAAAUACGCCGCUUCCAAGGAAUUUGCAAGCAAAUACGCGUACAUUGAUACGCAAUCGAAUAAAAAACUGAACGCAACCACUGCAUUCCAACUACUGGUCAGGCCCGGUUCCUAUACAAUGGGCCCAGGAAAAGAUUGUUCCGAGCCACAGUUGGAAUCGACAGAAUGGGCAACCAAGGAGGGAGGUGCCACAGUGAUCAUAGCAUUUCUUGUACACCUUGACGGAUUUUAGAAACGGAAAGAAUAUUUCUAUCUGAUUUGUUAUCAUUUAUUUAUUUCAUUUUCUGUCAAUUUACGUUUGUUGUAUAUAUAUAUAUCAUACAUCCUCUAUGCUUCUGCAUUUUGUUCUUUGCAUUAUUUUUGUAAUUAAAGGGUUUCUCGUUGCUGUUAAUCCUUUUUAAAAAGUGGACGGUAUAUUUUGAUACUCCCAGCUGAACCGUUACUCUUUAAAAGUUCAUAUGAAAAACUAUAAUCAGCUAAUUUAUCUUCAUGUCACCCAUUGAUCGACGACAAAAAUGAAAAAUUGUAUAAUAUUGAACAGUCAGUGCAACUAAAAGUUUCUUUUUGAAAAAAAGGAAAGAAUUUCAGACAAAGCUUUCGUUAACUUUUGAUAAUUUUCUGAGAAAAGUAAACAUUUUCGAAUUUUUCUUUCCAAGCUUCUUAUAAAUUUAUUGUUGUACUGGAUUUCUUUACGAAAUGCCGGAUAUAGUACAUAAUUGUACAUUAAAAAUUUCGUUAUUGAUUUAUGCAAGUAUUGUAUGUACUGCAGUAAUAAUCUUUACUGAUUUAUUAUAUUGAUAUCGACAAAAAUUAUACAUAUAAUACUGAUGCUUGAAAACAUUGUACAUAAUAUAAUAUAAUACGUCUUUUGGAGUUCUGAGAAGCCUACUUAUCUGUUAAUAUUUACGCAUUUUCUGUGAUACCUAUACAUAUACGUUAUUUACAUUAUAUACAUAAAUUUUACUGCAUUUUCGCACAACAUGUUGGCCAACUUCCGUUAUCAUCACACCAUCGAGUUACUUAAAGCUGUAUUUUUACUCAUGACUGCGAUAGGAAUACCUUGUUUUCUGUCUACUUGUUUAAUUACCAUUAUUUUAUUACUUUAUUAUCGAUAUUGAUUUCUACAGUUUGCUAGAGUAAUUAUUCCAAAUUUAGUUUUACACCUUAUCAUUACGUGUAUAUGCAUGUGAAAUUUAAUCUUCAGUUGAGAUGGCCUGCAAAUUUUUUUAGAUAUUAAUUGAAAGACUUAUACAAUUUAAUUAGCGAUAUAUUUAGACACUAUACUAAUUUGAAUAGACUUGUGAAAGAUAUAGGUAUGUAGCAUAGAUCACAUCUAGUCAUUACAAGUAUGUAUCAGAAAUUGAAAAAUUCAUUCAAGCCAUGGCAAUUGCAUGGACGUUUACAUAUUUCUCGGUGGAUUUAAUUCAAUUGAAGAAAAAAAACGCAAAAUAGGACAAAGUCGCUCGUCACACGUCUACUUUGUAUUGAAAUAUUUAAUGGUCGUUAGCGAUUGCCUUGGCUAGAUCCGCCCUUAAUUAUAUUUAUGUGUAGUGAUUAGAAGAAAAUAUUAUGCAAGAAAAGAAAAUUAAUAAUUUAUAGGAUAGAACCACACAUUGUCGAUUUCCGUGCAUACGAUUAGUGCCGGAGUGCAUUUAACAAGUGUUUACAAUAUGUCUAUUCGAUUUCGGCACAGAUCUAUGUUUCAGAAAGUGGCGUAAUACCAAAAAUAAAUUCGGCAUAUGGAAAUGGUUUUAGUUUGAUAUUCAAAAUUAGUACUCGUAAUCCUCAUGAAAUUAACUUAAUUUUAACAGAAUAUGCCUAAAUCGGAUUGACAGUUACAAUAGAACCUCGAUCGUCGGAACUAUGGCUCACUUUAUUUCAAGGUUUUGUUAUCGGAACGAAGACUUGAUAUUUUUUUAAUAAACAAUCACU